AAAAAAGAAACCGAUUGCGUUCCCAAUUUUGAUAGAGCUCAAAGCAGUCAAUUUCCAAUCGCAUAAACCAGAAAGAAGGAAGAGCAAACCUGAGCGGCAGAGAUGAGCGGAGCGGUGAAGAAGGUAGCGGAUGCAGCAUUCAAGGCAUCAAAGAACAUAGAUUGGGAUGGCAUGGGUAAGCUCCUCGUUUCCGACGAAGCUCGCAAAGAGUUCGCCACUCUCCGUCGCGCUUUCGAUGAAGUUAACUCUCAGCUCGAAACUAAGUUCAGUCAGGAACCUGAACCAGUAAACUGGGAAUAUUACAGAAAGAAUAUUGGUUCUCGCUUGGUUGAUAUGUACAAGGAAGCAUAUGACAGCAUUGAGGUCCCCAAAUAUGUGGACACUGUAACUCCUCAAUACAAACCAAAAUUUGACUCCCUGCUGGUGGAACUGAAAGAAGCCGAGCAGAAGUCUCUUAAGGAGUCUGAAAGACUAGAAAAAGAGAUUAUUGAUGUCCAAGAGUUGAAGACUAAACUCAGUACCAUGACGGCCGACGAAUACUUUGCAAAGCACCCCGAGUUAAAGAAGAAGUUUGAUGAUGAAAUCCGCAAUGAUUAUUGGGGUUAUUGAUUUCAGGUCUGUGCACCAGACAUUUGUUAUUUUAAAAUGAAUUUUCAGGUUGUCUAAAAUUUCAUGGUCGCAAUAAAGAAAGUGAACAAGUUUUGUGAUUUGGAUGUCCGGAUCCUUUUCGGAAUUUACAAGAGCAAGAUACUUGUGUUUUUAGACUCUUCAUGAUGCGAUAAUGAUGAUCAAUUAACAGAUAAUAUUUCUUGACAAAUGAGAGUCAUGAACUCAUGUUUGCACAGCUGAAUAAAAUUAUGUAUCAGUUAAUUGUUA